AAAUCCGAAGGGCAUAUUUCGAGUGAAGUUGACGAUCGACUUCGCGAGCUUUCCAUCGAAAAUAGGAAUGUUAAAGAACAGGUGUUCCUUUUGCAAGAGCGAAUUCGUGAGAUACAAUUAGACAAUUCAUCGAAAACGGCCGAAGUUUUGUCUUUGAAACGGGAAAUCGAAGAAACGCAACGUGGAAUGGUGAGUAUUUUGUAA